ACUUCUUUGCAGUGAAACCUCCGAGCAAAUACAAGCACUUCUUGAAGACAACCCAUGGCAUCAAGCUCUUCUUCUUCUCCGUCUUCAUCUUUUUCUUCAACUCCUCCCUCCUACAGCUACUCCUCAAGCGCAAUCCAUUUGGAUCGAGAUCAUCUGAUAUCCAUCCUUCUCCUUCUUCCUCUUGAGUCUAUUAUAUCCUUCUCCAUGACAUGCAGAAGGUUUAGGUCAGUGGCCUCGGCGGACUCCCUAUGGAAGGAAAUAUGCAGGAGGGAUUGGGGUGGCGGAGUAGUGGAUGCCCUUGUUGCUUCCCUUUCCGCCCAGGACAGAAGGGAGUAUUCCUGGAAGAGGCUUUAUUACAGAGUUUCCCAAGCUGGUUUGCUUUCUUGCCGCAGACUGCUGACAAAAGAUGGGAUUUCGCCCAGGCCCAGGGCUUCUCACUCCCUUAAUUUUGUUUCGGAUUGUCUGGUUUUAUUUGGCGGAGGAUGUGAAGGAGGCCGUCAUCUGGAUGAUACAUGGGUAGCACAGAUAGGAAAUGGAUUUGACAGGGUCCUCAGUUGGAAGCUGGUUGAUUCAGGCACUCCAAGUGGACGAUUUGGGCAUACAUGUACCGUAUUAGGCAAGCUCCUUGUUCUAUUUGGUGGCAUCAAUGACAACGGAGUACGCCAAAAUGAUACAUGGGUUGGUCAAGUCACUGAAGAAGGAUCCUCAGUGGCUAAAAUAUCAUGGAGGCUUUUGGAUUUGGAACCCGUUGUACCUCCUGCUCGUGGUGCACAUGCUGCGUGUUGCAUCGAAAACCGACAAUUAGUGAUCCAUGGCGGCAUAGGACUAUAUGGUCUUCGAUUGAAUGACACUUGGCUACUUGACUUAUCUGAAAGCCAAAGUGCAAGAUGGCAUCAAGUUAUGAACAUCCGACCAUCGCCUCCGGCUCGUUCUGGUCAUUCCAUUAACUGGAUCGGCGACAAACGGAUAGUGCUCUUUGGUGGAAGGGGAUCAGGAUUUGAAGUUCUGAAUGAUUUGUGGAUUCUAGACAUUGGAGGAGAUAAUCCUAAAUGGAAAGAGCUCAAGUAUGAUUCACCUAAUUUACCAGAUAGGCCUCUUCCUCGCGUCGGUCACUCUGCAACAAUGAUGGUUGGUGGAAAUAUUCUUAUAUAUGGCGGCGAAGACUCGCAAAGACAUCGAAAAGAUGACUUCUGGAUGCUAAAUUUGGGUUCCCUAUCAAGAUUUCAAACAACAGGUUUGAAGAAAUACUUGAGAAGAAUGUGGAAGAAGCUUGAGGUGGAAGGGCACUGCCCUAAUCUUAGAUCCUUCCAUGGCGCGUGUACUGACGUAUCUGGAUUUCAUCUCUUUAUUUUCGGCGGGAUGGUUGAUGGCAUAGUUCAUCCUGCUGAACCUUUUGGGUUGAGGUUUGAUGGUGAGCUGCACCUGGUAGAACUUGUAUUUUAGUUUGAGAGACUGGCCACUUCUUGAAGCCUAAGUUUGCACAUUUUAAAUUUUAGAGCUUUGCCUGUCACUUUGUCUGUGCCGUUAAAUCGUAUAUCUCAGCCUGCAACAAAGCAA